GGCAGUGCGGUAUCCUGCCACGGUGAAAAUCGAGGUUUUAUAACCCAGGAUUCUCAACUAUACAGGUUGAGGGGCUCCAGGCAGUUCUCUAAAUGCAGACUGGUUUGUCCGUUUCCUCUUUGGUUUGUAAAGUUCGUUUUGGGACCUGUGGCCUGGAGAUUUCUAAGUGAUUUGGAAGGGAUGAAAUCUCCAAUCCUGGGACCAUGUUUUGUGAGCAUCCAGCACAUGAUUACACAGGUGUGUGCAGGCCUUUUUGUAGAGGCCUAACCAGGGUUCUGGGCUCCACCACGGCAGACAGGAGUCAGGACCAGGGUUCUGGGCUCCACCCUGGCAAACGGAGUCAGGAGGGCUCCACCCCGGCAGACGGGAG